ACCCAAUCUACCCAUCCACAAUAUUUGAUGCUCAUGAGAUUUUAUUGCCAAGUUUCAAAGUCAGAGCGGACAAUCUACCCUCGUCAUUGAGCAAAAUGGCUGGUGAGUGACGAUCCAGACAUGUUACGUCCACACAUUUCACAGACCAACCCAUUGAAUAUAUAUUGAAUCCCAUUGAUAUUUGGUUGUGGGCCAUUCUUGUACCAGCAGAACUCACAGCUAUCACAACUUACAUAUUCCGAUUCUUGGCAUUAAACCACUUCAUGAUUCAUGGUUAUGUGAUCCAAUUCCUGGGUAUGUUUUUUUGGUGCAUUUCUUCAAUGGAUGAGCGGCUUCGGAUUGGUGGCUUGUGCUUGUUCUGUGGUGGACUUGCGAAUCAUGCUUGGUGAACACUUGCGAGGAAGUCAAGUGAGUUUAUAUUUGGGUGGGAAAAGAACGGAAAAGACCCAAGUUUAUCCAAGCUUUAGAUAGUUUUAUUGCGUGUUACAUUACUCGUAUUUACCAUCCUUCGAAUCCUUCCUGCUUACAUCGUUUGGGAAUGUUUGUGGAACAGUUGGGUAAACUGCCGUUGUAUCUCGACCGGUUGGGUAGUGAUGAAAACUCAUUGUCUGAUUUGCGGGCAAAAGCAUGGGGUCGCAUACCUUGUGUCCCACUAACGUUGUUCCACCUUCAGCUGGGGUCAACAAAACCACCGUGUUCUCUCACUGAAGUCCCAUGAAAUCCAAUGAAUAUCAUUGGCCUGAAUCAAAUCCACCAAAGAAAACGGCAACUCCCUCUCCGCUCUCCUCAACGUCCCGUGAAUCCCCUGGAUGUCGCGGUUGAGGUUGGCAUUUGUGCUGCCGACUUUGGGGACGUCUCCUGGACAACAUUUCGUCUCCGGGCAGGAAGAUCGGACCAGUUUGAGGAGCUGCAACUGCGGAAGCUCCGAAUGCCGAGGUUGAAGCUGCAGCAGCUGAACCAGCAACCGAAGGGACAACUGCAACGACAGAACCUGCUACGAAUGCCGAGGACCCUGUCUCACCAAGCAAUGCAGCGGGAGAAGCUGAAGCAGCCCAUGCAAAGGAGG